AUUAACCAAGUAUCUUUUUUUGGCUGGGAGAUCGAUCCAAGUUCGGCGAGACUCUGUGACAUCCCUCUCCGCUGCCAGGUGAGAUCUGUGACAGGUGGGAUGGUCAACAAGCAACUCCUAUUAAGAAUCGGUUUCUUCUCAUCCGCUCCUCCUCCUCCUCCUCCUUCUUUCCCAUCCUCAACAAUAACAUCCAUCAACCGAAAACUCAAGAAGCAACCUCAACCAGAACAUACACACAUCAUGUCAGACAACCCACAACCACCCCAAGAAGAUAUCGAUCCCAAGAAAUCAACCGAGACCGAACCACUACUGCCUCAAGCCUCGACCUCUGGAGCCACCUCCGACAGACCACGCACAGUCAGGCAUCACCGCAGGGCCUUAUCAGGUCGAUCGACGAGAUCAGGCUUAUCUGGCCAGAUUUCAUUUGGGCCAAGCUUCAACCCAAAUAUCUAUCCCGCCGUCAAUGACCCCUUCACUCGCCAGGCCAAACAUGCAGCCGAUGGUAGAGCUCGCUCACGUUUCCUAAAAGCUCUUCUGGUCGGGAUUGGAUUAUGGAUAGUCAUUGGCUUGGUCAUUGGUUGGGCUGGUUUACAUCGAGCCGGUUGGAGUCAAGGCAGUAAUCGAGUAGACUAUGGAGCGAAACCCUCGGUACCUCGAUCGGAUGGCCGGGCGGUUUGGUGUGCGAAAUUCGACACGCCGCAAUCGAUCAUGGGCCAGUCGAGGAUGCCCGGCGAGACCCUGAAGUCCAGAGCCACCAUCUCAAUCCCCCUCAGCGAUCGUGACAGCUUCUUCAUCCAUGGACUCGGUAGCUUCGCCAAAGGUCGCAUCUCUAUCGGCUCCACUGACUCCCAUGAGAUCCAGAUCCAACUCGCCGCCUUGACUAAUGAUGAGGCCUUGAUCGAUCUGAUGAAUGUCUGUCAUGUCAGUGAUAGUCCGGCUCUGUCUAGGGGUCGGCAGAAUGUUGGCUUAGGAAUUUAUACGCCUACUCCGGAAGUUGGACCUUAUCCGGACUCAGACCUCGAAUUCAAUAUCCAGGUCAAUCUGCCAAAGUCUGUAGGGAAGCUUGAGAAGCUCUCAAUUCAAGCGGAUCUCUUUGCGCUCACCGGCACCGACCUGGGCGGGUUUGAGGUGGCUGAAGUAGACAUCACCACCACGGUCGCAUCGGUGAGGAUCGACGCGCUCGUGGGUGAAUCGAUCACGAUCCGGACGAACAACGGACACAUCGAAGGCUCAUUCAAGACUAGCAAGGCAUUGAAUUUGGCCACCACCAAUGGUGCCAUCGUCGCCAACGUCGCGCUUGCCCUUCCGAACAACUCAUCCUUCACCAAUCUUCUGCCCUCAGUCGGCGUAGAUAUUGCUACCAUCAAUGGUGCAGUCACUGUCACCUACGUCGAACAUCCCAUCGAUCUGAAGCUCUUCAGCUACGUGAAAUCGACUAAUGGUCGAGCACAUGUUGAACAUGCUCCAGCAUACGAAGGAGAGUUCGAGGUUGAAACCACUUGGGGAUCGGCGGAUGUCAAAGGCCCUUUAAGUCAGAAUGACCCUUCAGGCUCAGCUAGAGAUCGACAAAAGCUGAUCAUCAGUAAUCGGGACGAGCUCGGAUUUCGCCAUAUCUCUGGCCUGAUUUGGUGGGGCAAAGAUGACAGCAAAACUCGCGCGGAAAAAACUAAAUUGGGGCAUACUCUGGUGAAAACUACUCUAGGAUCUGCUCGUGCCAUCUUCCAAUAAAAUCCCCCCCCCCCCUCCUCCGAGAAAAAAGGCCGUUGUUUUCUAAAUGAUAAUUGCGAGUGUAUUAUCUCCCUUCUUCUUUUGUUAUCUUCCUGAGGCCUCAUCAGUCCAUUAUUGCUUUGUUUUUUUGUUGCUGCUCACUUCAUCUUCUUCCUGCACCUGACCCAAACACCCCCCCCCCCAAAAAAAAAGAUCUUGCUUGUUUGUCUCCUCGUUGCUUCCCUCGCUUUUUCUCUGCCUCCGUAUCAUAUUCUCUUCUUCCUUUCAUAUCUUUUGUUGUUGUUCUUAUAUCAAUCUGACUCUUACUUCAUUAAAUAUUGUAUUCCCCACUCCCUUUCAUUCUUCCAUUCAUUCUGUUUGUUCUCUUUCUUCCUUACCUCCCUCCCUCUCUCUUCUUCUCCCUCCUUUUUUCUCCCUUUUUUUAACACAAAAAUCAGAUUUGAAUCGUUUCUUUCUUUCAUGUUUCCGAGAUCUGUAUUGUGGGGUUUGAUGAGACACACAAGAUGAUGGAAGACAAGAAGAAGAACACCAUCAGAUGGGUU